CAGAGCACCAGGUCAUCUUUCUUCUUUCAGGCUACUAUAAAUAGGUCCUUAGGGUUGCCUGUACCGCAUGAAUUUCUUGUGUCCAAAACACCAAGAUUGAUCGAGCGAUCGGGCUUUGGGAUAGAUCAUCUUACUCUAUUGUUAAAAUAUUGAUCUGAUAUUCCGAUAUGGCUACCGCUGAGGUUUCUGCUAUGCCCGCUGAAGUGAGCCCUGCAACUGAAGAAGUCCCUGUCCGGGCUGAAGCCCCAGCUGUGGAAACUGCGGAACAGCCCCCAAAAGAAGAAGAAUCGGCCCCCGUUGUGGAACAAGCAGAGGCUGUGGAGAAAACGGUUGAAGAGAGCCCUGCUGCCGAGGAGACGAAAGCAGAGGAAGAAAGCCCUGCAGUGGAGGUGGCUAAUGUUGAGGAGAAAUUUGCCCAACUGGAGAUUCCAGCCGAGGAAGUAAAAGAAGAGGUGGUGGAAGAAGCAGAAGAAGAAUCCCCUGCUAAAGAAGAAAAGGAGGUAACAGAAGAAAAAGAGGAUCCUGCUGCUCCAACAGAAGCUGUGGAGAAAGAAGCCCCUGCUACUGCUGAAACUCCUGUGGAGGAAGAGAGUCCUGCUGAGGAAGCAUCUGCUCCUGUAACAGAAGUUGUGACACCUGCUGCUGAAGAAGAAGUGAAGACUGAGGCAUCAGAGUAGACAAUCACGGUGGCGGUAGAUUAAUAAGCGAUUUGCAUGUAGGAGAUCUAUAGAAUAGAUCAGAUCAUCAGGCGAGGUGAUGUUUAUUGGGUGACUGUUGUAAGAUUCAGCUUAAGAUUCAGAGGGAUUGAGCAAAUAGAAGUUUCUUUACCCAUCUCGAUCGUUCUGAUUUUGCUUGAUUUUAAAGAGAAAUUGCAAGCCUUUGUAUUUAGUCAGUAGGGAUCAUUGUGGUUAAUGAUGUCAGUCCAGGAAUAGUAAGAAGUACGGGUCUAGUUUAUCUUGCAGUGUCUCAAUGUUUAAGCUUUCAAUCUCCUCCGUUUACUUCCUAAUUUCAAUUCUGGGCAAUGGAAGCGAUGACAAGUUAGGAUUGCAAAUAGAAUUUAAAAUAUGGAAUCUAAAGCAGUAAGUAUGCAAACUAAUUAAGCAAUGGAAUUCUAUGUUGGAACUUCUCAAGAAUAUGAAAUUUUGUGAGUUUGAACAACUCUUAUGCAA